AUGCCUUCACCAAAUUAUUCUGUUCCUUACUCUAAACUUAAGCUUUACGACAUGUUCGCUCAUAAACCUGUUAACUCACAACCAGCCGUUCCUCAUCCUCCAUCGCCACAACCACCCAUUCAAACCACAUUUAGUCCCGAGUCUGACUUUUUAAACGCACCACUAUUACCCACCGUUAGUUUCAACGAGAACCUUAUGGCAAAACUAGAACAAAUGUUGCUCGAACUCGAUCGAUUGAUCCGACAAUGCCCAAUGCCUUCAUGUGCUCUUUUGCCACCAAACCACGACAUUUGUCUAUUGAUGCGUCAGAUCCCGUUAGUGAUCUCUCAAAGCACCAACCUGCUACAGACCAUGCAAACAUUUGUGGAAAAGGUGGUUUAUAUGCUUUACAAGAGUCAAACACCAUUUGCCCUAGAGGCAUACACUGGGUUUUUACAGUCCUUGUUUGAACUAUCAGUCCAUGUUGGUAAAGAAGCAUUGAGCUGGAUUGUAUAUGCGGAUGAUGAAAGAAAAUAUAAUGCACCGGUAAUUGCAAUGUUACUGCGCCACGAAAUGCUGCCAUUAGAAAUCUAUGAUGGUCAGACUGCAAAGUUGAUCCAAAACAAGGCAGACGGGGUUAUCGAUUUUGCAGCUGAUUUGGUGAGAUUGUGUCUGUUGUCUCCAAGCCCGGUUACAUUCCUAGAAGAUCACGCCCUUACUCUGGCAGCACUCAAUGUCCUGGUUAAAGAAGAGGAAGCUACGGCGAGUGUUAUUGCAUUGAUGACAGAUCUUGGGAACUUAGUAGAGGCACCAUAUCUUGAUCUGAAAAAGACAAAUGAUAGUGGCGGUGGUUACAUUGGGAGUAGUGGACAAGGUUGCCUGGAACUUCGGCUCUUGUUGGCAGAGUGGAUGAGACUCUGCCAGCAUCCUAUGGUUACUGAUCAAUUGUGCUCUCAAUUGGCCACAAAGAGUGCAUCGUUUAGAAGAAGGGCGCUCCAACUGAUCGACUCUUACGCAAAGCUGGUCGCAUACAUGGUCCGACUAGAGACUGGCGAGGACGACAAGAAGGCCAAAGUGACUUUAGUGAGCCACGCACUCUCGGUCGUGACUCUGGUCUUGGCACAACACCACGAGAAGAGACAAGUCAAUUUUAACCAAAAACCAUUCUUGAGAAUUUUGUCUUCCUUGUUUUGCGAGCUCAACAAGCUCAAGAAUAAGUCAAUUGAAUCAAGUAUCAUCUUGGCAUAUAGCGAUACGCUUUACAUGCUUCAACCUCUGAACUUUCCCGGAUUCGCAUUUUCUUGGCUCCAACUACUGUCUCACCGUACGUUUGUUCCUCAGCUACUUGUUGCCAACCACACCCAGGGAUGGGCACUUUGCCAAAAGCUUGUAUUGGUACUGUUGAGGUUCUUGCGUCCUUUGCUCGAGACCCGUGUUCUGCAACGAGCCACACGUGCCUUUUAUCGUGGCACAUUGCGUUUCCUGGUAGUCUUGCUACACGAUUUCCCAGAGUUCCUUAGUGACAACUACAUGGUGUUUUCGCAGUGCAUUCCACAUGGAUGUAUCCAACUUCGAAAUCUUGUCUUGAGUGCGUUUCCCAGAGUGAUGCACCUGCCAGAUCCUUUCACUCCCGACUUGUGUCUAUCUUCCUUGCCAGAAUCCAGACAGGAACCUUUAGUAGUGAUGAGCUACAGCGAGAUAUUGAUGAACAACGGACGUUUGGACGAGAGCGUGGAUCGUUAUGUGUGCAAAAAAGAAGGUCUGGCUGUAUUUGGAAAGAAUAUACUGGAGACUUUAAAGACAAGCGAGGGGUACGAUUUGAACCUGUUGACUGCAUUUGUGCUCUAUUUGGGGUCUCAGACUGCAUUGGAGGAGUGUAGUAUUGCGGAAAAUCCAAGCGUUCGUGCUUACAAGUAUCUAUUGUCCAGAAUGUCACCUCAGGGCACAUACUACUUGCUCAAUUCACUUGUUGAUCAUCUGAGAUACCCCAACAGCCACACGUAUUUCUUCAGUACAGCUCUUUUGUACCUCUUUGAAGAGCAGCCUGAGAUGAUCAAGGAACAAAUUACAAGGGUAUUGUUGGAACGUUUGAUCGUUAACCGACCUCAUCCAUGGGGUUUAUUGGCUACAUUCAUCGAGCUGAUUAAGAAGCCAACCUUUUGGGAAUAUGACUUUGUGCGGUGCUCUCCAGAUAUUGAACGAUUGUUUGAUAAUGUGUCAAGGUCGAUAAAACGUACUGCUGUCUAAAAUACCAACUCCAACUACCAGCACCAACUUAGAAUUUAUUAUAAUUGCCACAUUUUUUCUCUUAUUUUUAUUUAAACAUUUUCUUUCUUUCUAACUUAGACGUUGUGUAUUUGGCGCAAUCGUGUAAAUAAUAGACGCCUUUAAUUCCAUUUUGCAAAAAAAAAGCACAAAACAACAAC